AUGGGAUUAUAUGAUGCUGCUGAACUCUUGCAGGGCCCUGAAGGAAGUAGAGUUGAGCUAGUUGUACGUCAUGGUUCUGAGACAAAGAACCUCUCCUUGGUACGAGAGAAAGUUUCACUGAAUCCAGUUAAGUCUCGAGUAUGCAGAACAUCUAGCUUGGGAGAUGAUGGUCCUCUGGUUGGAUAUAUUAAAUUAACAACAUUCAACCAAAAUGCUUCCGGUGCUCUGAGGGAGGCAAUCGAGAAAUUGAGAGGAAAUAAUGUAAAUGCCUUCAUACUGGACCUCCGGGAUAAUAGUGGUGGACUUUUUCCUGAAGGAGUAGAAAUCGCUAAGAUUUGGUUGGACAAGGGUGUCAUCGUAUACAUUUGUGAUAGUCGAGGGGUGAGAGAUAUAUACGACACCGAUGGAACCAAUGCCACAGCAGCCUCUGAACCAUUGGUUGUGCUGGUAAAUAAAGGAACAGCAAGUGCUAGUGAAAUUUUAGCUGGAGCACUGAAGGACAACAAUCGUGCUGUUGUACUUGGAGAACCUACUUAUGGAAAAGGCAAGAUACAGUCAGUUUUCGAGCUGUCUGAUGGCUCUGGAUUGGCUGUAACUGUUGCUCGUUAUGAAACACCUGCACGUACUGACAUUGAUAAGGUUGGCAUAAUUCCCGACCAUCCUCUGCCAGUUUCAUUUCCGAAAGAUGAAGAAAGUUUGUGUGGUUGCCUUCUGGACCGUACAUCUGCUUGCUACCUAAAUAGGGCCGAAUUAUUCUCCAGAUGA